CAGCAGCGAGUACUGGGGGCUUCAAAGCAAUCCGGGCGCUUUGUUAUGACGUCAGCGCCGGGCCUCCUGUGGAGAUCCAAACAGUCGUUGUGAAGCGCUGAGGUUUGUUCUAUCUAGCAGGGGUCAUGGCGGGCGGUCAGUCAAUGGACAUCAUAACCAAGGUUCUGGAGGACCAGAUCAUCCAGACGGCUAAAGUUGUGGAGGAGCAGCUGGACGCUGAGCUGGGGAAGCUGGAGAAGAUGGAUGAUGACGAGCUGGAGAAACUGAAGGAGAGGAGGCUGGAGGCGCUGAAGAAGGCCCAGAAGCAGAAGCAGGAGUGGCUCUCUAAGGGACAUGGCGAAUACAGAGAAAUCCCAAGUGAGAGAGAUUUUUUCCAAGAAGUAAAAGAAAGCAAGCAUGUGGUCUGCCAUUUCUACAAAGAUACUACCUUCAGAUGUAAAAUUUUGGACAAGCACUUGUCUUUACUGGCCAAGAAGCACUUGGAGACAAAGUUCAUUAAGUUAAAUGUGGAGAAGGCCCCUUUCCUCACUGAAAGACUGCGCAUCAAAGUGAUUCCAACACUGGCACUCGUGAAGGAUGGGAAAACCAAGGAUUACAUUGUCGGCUUUGCUGAUCUAGGCAACACAGAUGAAUUUACAACAGAGACACUAGAAUGGCGCCUGGGGUGCUCUGAGGUCAUUAACUACAGUGGGGAUUUGGUGCAGCCACUGAUGCAGGGACAGAAGCCUGGGUCAAAGGUCACUAAGCUGGACAAGAAGACGAUCCGGGGGAAAGGCUACGACUCGGGUUCCGACGACGACUAGAGUACAGCUCUCUCGCCUCCUCAUUUAAUCUCAUGUGUUCUGAAUUAACUGACUUUAGAUUUAUUGCCCCUAAUGUAAUUCAUCUUAUAUAUCAAAGUUUAUAAACAUAUACAACAGGAUUACAAUGCAACAACAGCACAGUAUUAGAAUACACAACAACAUUCCACAACAUCUCUCAAUCAGAACUCUUCCAGGACCAAUAGAAAAAAACCAUACAAUUAUCUUAAGGGUCUAAACACAAUAAUAAGAUCCCUAACAGCAAACACUUUUUUCAUUUGUCAACAACUGAAUGCUUUUAGGUAUAAAGGAUGUAGAUGCUCUCUUAGUGUUUUGUACAGGAAAUCUGGUACCUCCUCCAGAAGAAGGUAGGAUAGUAUAUUCUAAAAAGAGUGGAUGAGGGGGGGUCAUCUAAGAUUUGAUGUCCAAGAUUAAUAUGUUGCUCUGUUAGACAUGUUAUUAUAAAGAUGCACUGGUAACACUUAUUUAUGUUCUGCAAAUACUAAAUACCUCCCCAGCUCUGCAAUUCCCAUUAUAUUUUCUAGUUGAGAAAUUUCUGGGGCAAUAAUGACCAGGUAGUAAUGUGUUGGCAGCUUAUGAAACUGAUUGAUUUUCUGUGUGAACUCUUACUUUUUUCCUUUUAGUCUCAUCUGCCAUGACAUAUGCUUAGAGUGAGCCCUAAAAAUGUUAUUUUUCCCAAUAUUGCAAGUGUAAGGUACUGUCACAUAGAAUCAUGUUAGUAAUGUGGAGACAAGUUGGUGUUAUAGUUAGAUUAAA